UCUGCUCGGGGGCACGGAUGUCUCCUGAAUAUGUAAUGUAAAGUAUGUCAGAGGCUAGAGAAGGAAUAGCAUAUUAACAUGCUGGUCAUACUUCAUCACUAAUCAGAAACUAAAGCGAAGGGAACCAAAGAUCUUACGACAUCGAAUUGGAUGAAGAUUUAAAUCAAUAAACCAGCUUGCGUCAUUAAAAUAAUUUAAUUUUGUAACGUUAUAUCGGUAAUCAUGGAGGAAGGGAAAACGGAUAAAGAUGACAUGGAGAGCAACCUUCAGCGUCUAAGAAAUGAACUGGAUUCCUUGUGGCAGUCAGAUGAAGGUCUCCACGCUCAGAUGAAUUCAGUGAUCGGUGCUCUCCAGGAGCUCAAACUCUUGCAGGUCCAGACGGCACUGGACGAACUGGAGAUCUCCAACCAAACCAGUCAGGUCAAUCCAAACACCAGCUCCAUGCUUGAGCAGAGAAACCACAGCUCAAGAAGAGCAGCGCACAAUCCAGAAGAAGCUCUCGCACAACAAUGCUUUAACACUCGCCUCACCAUGGAACCUUCUUUGUUCCUUACAAGUUCUCCAGCAGAAAUGCGCCAUAUUCCUAGGACACAUGGACUCAGAGGAAUUCACAGAGGAAGCUUAAGCACUUCUUCGUCUUUUUCCUCUCAGGAAGACUCAACCGACAGCAAUUCCUCCUCAUACGCCAUUGACGACCCUAGUGAUUGGACUGCUUCACUGAUGAACCACAGCAGAAACAGACAGCCAUUAGUGUUGGGUGACAAUGUGUUCGCGGAUUUGGUUGGAAACUGGUUGGACUUGCCAGAAGUUGGAUGCCAGGCAUCAAGUGAGGAGGAGAACGGCUCAAACCUAAAAAACUCAAAUUCAGAGUCAUCAUCUACCACUCAUUACCAGCAUCUCUCCAAGAAACUCUCGCUAACCGCUAGCAUUUUCAAACGGGUUCUGCGCCGCGUUCGACCACGGCACAACCAAGAAAGUGAAGAGAUAGAUGUAUGCAAACAAGCUAAGCUCACACGCAGAAAGGCCAAAACAGACGCCAGCAAGCCAUUCUGGGGGGGAACAAGAGGAAUGAAGAAGAAAACCACGCCAAUUCAGCAGGAGGGUGUGGCCUGUCAGGGCUCAGAGGUUUUGAUGGACAGAUGGGCGGAGAUUAUGGAGAAGCAUACACCUGUGUUUGAUUACAACUCAGCUGUUUGGGUGUAAUUCUACAUGGAGGUGUUAUUGGCGUGUAAUUAGUGGACUUUAGGAUCAAAAUGUUUGUAAAUGCAAAUUUUCAAAACAUUUAAAUAAUGCUUAUACAUCAGAGUCAGGCAUUUAUUAUGGAUUAAGUUGGAAACAACACCGCGAAAUACAGCGAAUGGAAUGAAAACUACUCACUGAUAAUAUUUCUUUCAAAUUUUGAAUAAAAAACAUAUUUUUUGGGGGGAGGGGGUUUCUCGUAUGAUCAUUGGUCAAAAUAUUAAACAGGCAUUUGUUGGGAUUGGAAUUCUGGGUUAUUCCACCAAAUACUGCAUUCUUAAUUUAAAGCAUUGAUAUUUUAUUAUUGGUUAUUUUGAUCUAUUGUCAUUUUAUGCUUCAAUAGACUUUUUUUUUUCAAUUUAGCAGUUUUACCAACACACAAAACUAUAAAUUGUGAAUGCAGAGAAACAGAAUUUUCUA